AUGGAUAUCUCUUUGGGGGUGUGGGUGGCCUUGGUUUUGGGAGGUUUGCCUUUGUUGUGGUUGCUCUUGUGGUGGUGGAAUGAGCUUUGGUAUGUGCUUCCUCUCAAACUACGACGUUCGGCCACUAAUGCCAAAUUACCGCCUGGUCAUAUGGGACUUCCAUUUAUCGGUGAAGUCCUUACUUUCCUUUGGUACUUCAAAGUUCUUCGUCGUCCAGAUGACUUUAUCAAUGCUAAACGAGCAAAGUAUGGAGAUGGAGUAGGAAUGUAUAGAACCUACCUCUUCGGAUCACCGUCCAUCAUAGCAUGCUUCCCAGCAGUCAACAAAUUUGUCUUUCAAUCCGACGAUACCUUCAUCCUAAAUUGGCCUAGUGUUGAUCUCGUGGGUCAUACUUCCUUGGUGGCUGUCCAUGGAAAGUCCCAUGCAAGGCUUAGAAGUUAUGUCACAAAUGUCAUUAAUCAGCCAGAUGCUCUUCGACGCAUUGCCCAAAUGGUGCAACCUCGCAUCAUAGCUGCUCUUGAGUCAUGGGCUCAGAAGGGCAGAAUCAAAGCACAUGACGAGACAAAGAAGGUAACAUUUGAAAAUAUUGGACAAUUAUUCGUAAGUUUGGAACCAGGACCUCUCCUUGAUACCAUUGACAACUUGUUUGAUGGAUUGGUCAAAGGAAUUAGAGCUCAACCAUUCAACAUUCCUGGAUCUGCCUUUCACCAUGCUCAUCAGUGUAGGAAGAAGCUUGAGGAUAUUUUCAGGGUGGAGCUUGAGAAGAAAAAAACCCAGAAAGAAGUGGUGACAAAUGACCUAAUGGAUGGGCUUAUGCAGAUUACAGAUGAUGAGGGUAACAAAUUAUGUGACCAAGAGGUGCUGGACAACAUUGUGAGCCUUGUUGUUGCAGGAUAUGCAUCUACUUCCCUUGCAUCAAUGUGGGCUAUAUAUUAUCUUGCCAAGUACCCUAAUGUCCUGAUAACGCUUCUGGAGGAGAAUAUGGCUAUAAGUCAGAACAAGAAAGGAGAGUUUAUUACAAGUGAAGAUGUUUCAAAAAUGAAGUACACAAACAAGGUGGUGGAAGAAACAAUAAGAAUGGCAAACAUUUCAGCUUUUAAUUUCCGAUCGGCUGUCAAGGAAGUUGAGUAUAAAGGUUAUAUAAUACCUAAGGGUUGGAAAGUGAUUCUUUGGCUUCGAUAUAGCCACACAAAUCCAGAGAACUUUGAUGAUCCUAUGUGUUUCAACCCAGAUAGAUGGAAUGAGCCAGCUAGGCCUGGAACAUACCAAGUUUUUGGUGGUGGACCAAGAAUAUGCGCAGGCAACAUGCUUGUUAGGAUGCAACUUGCAAUCUUGUUACAUCAUUUGUGCACAGGAUACAAGUGGGAACUACUCAACCCAGAAGCAGAGAUGGUUUAUCUUCCACAUCCAACACCAAUUGAUGGGGUUGAUAUCACCUUUAACAAACUUUAG